AUUAAAUUGAAUGUGUGACACUUGCACAAAUAUAAAUACAGUCUAUGGGUAAGCUGGAAUAUUUUUCUUAUAUUUUUAUAAUAAGAAAAGAUUAUAAAGAGAAGACAGUAAUGCUGGUUCCUGAAUAAACAAAUGAAUAUACCUCAUAGCAAAAUGCAUAUAAAGGAAGACUUAUAUCUUACGUAUGGAAAAACAUGUGUAUAGGAUAGACAAAAUGUCCAUUGUUUUAGCACUACAUGAAGAGGCAUCUGUUUCAGUAUAAAUAAGGAAGUUUCCUGUAAGUCUAAGGUAAGGAAACUUCUAUUUUAGCAGACUAUGAAAAGAAGGAAGGAUUGCACAGGAGGAAGAAUUUAUGAUGAGAGAGCAGUUGCAACUUUUGAUUGAAUAAACAUAUUUCUUUUGACUCUCCACUGAUCACAUGGUGAUUUUUAUUAAAUUCUUGGCUUGGAAAUGAAUAGAGAAAAAAGAAAGUUUUGAUCCUUAUGACAAGGAUCAAAUAUGAGAUGAAAUCUUUGAAAGAUAUCUCUGUAUCUCUGUAUGAGUCUCAGUAUUAUGUCAAGUCUCACAGAACAACAUUCUUAUUUGGUUGCACAAUACACUACAAACAGUUGCAGGUUUGUUCCUCUUGCUCAGACUUAUCCUCUACUACAACUGCAAUGGUCAACUUCAUAUAUAUAAUUAAUUGCCCUUCAGAAAGUUUCUCUAAUACAGUCCUCUUUUGCAAAUGCUGCAACUUUCAAUGUUGAGAAAACAUUAGGUUUACAUAUUUGCUCUUCCCUUGGCCUUUCGAAACACUUUGAUUGUAGCAACAGCAAAUGUACUCAUGUUAUUUGAGCUUCAGACUCCUUUAUAUGCAGAGGUUACGUGGAAUAUUCCAUACACCAUAGAGGGUACUUAGAAUGCUUAGAAUACAGCAGGCAUGCUAGGUAUUGAGAAGAGAGCGUCAAUUCAAGCUUCUCUUGCAUAUGAAUUGCUUAGAGCUAAAUUCAGGAGUGGCUUUUAGUGGUCAGUGCUGGGUUGGUCAUAUGAAAAGGAAAGUCAGACAGCAGAUAAAGAUUGCAAGUUCCUCUGGGAAUUAAAACUAAGAAAAUAGAAGAACUACUACUAUUAUCUAUGUCGUGAUUCUCUUUAUAUCAAUGACCACCAUACAAUCCAAAACAGGGUGUCACGUACUUGAUGUGAUGGGAUAUCUCGUUCAUGAGAUGGCCUAAAAGGAGGUGAAAUGAAAUGAGUUUGUUUUCCAUAGCUGAAUUGGAAGAUUAGUUACAAAAAUUGAUGUCUUGAAUUGGUGCUGGAGCUGGUAAAACUCGCAAUACUAGGUUAUGCUUUAAUUCAGUUAAGAUGGAGGAGAUUCCUGUUGGAAAAAGAAAGGAUUCUGAAUUUGGGACUGAACAUGUUUUAGAUACAUCUAGUCAGUCAUCUCUUUUUGAAGGAGCUUCUGCGCCUCCUUAUGAACUGAUAAACAAUGGAUCUAUAGCUAAAAAAAGAGGUUCAGGAAAGAAUGGAGACAAUUUUGUGUCUGACUUAUUUGAUCAACAGCCACCUCGACAUCUAAAUGAUUCAAACACCCUCCUCACUUCUGAACAAGAGAUUAAAGAUGCAUUUCUCCAGUAUACAGCAACAAAAUGUUGUUAUAGGACUGCCCCCGCAAAGCAUUUAAAAGUCCAGAAACUAACUCCUCUCAACACAUACAGAUAUCGGUUGGAGACUUUCACAGAAAGUAGAGACACACAUUUGGCUAGUGAAUGCUAUUAUGGUGGAUUUGUGGACUCAGCUGAGGUUGCACCCGUGCCCACCCCCUGGGAAAUCUCUGUGGAUCCACCUCCUUUGUUUACAGACUGUGAAAUGCAUAUCCCAGUGCCCCACUCAUAUUCCCUGGGGAAUUGUCAGAACUGCAGAGGGCGUGGUGCAAUUACAUGCCAAUCAUGUAAAGGAAAAGGCACAAAAAAGUGCUCAGCUUGUAAUGGCACUGGGUUCAAUUCAUCUGACAACAAUUCCUGCUCAUGGUGUUCGGGCUCAGGAAACAAGCGUUGCUUCAGAUGCCGUGGCAAUGGGCGGGACAUGUGUUACCGUUGCGAUUGGAAAGGCGUAUUGCUAUAUCAUAUGGAACUUUCAAUCACAUGGGUGAACAAUAUUUUAGAAUACACAGUAGACAACAAAUCUGAAUUCCCAAUUUACCAUCUGCAGGAAGUAACUGGAAGAAAAAUACUUAGUGAUGAGCAUAACUUGGUACGUCCCAUAAUUGAGUUCCCAGAAUUAUCCAUUAAAGACUAUUCAAGGUCAAGCAUUGCUCAACACAAAAUGAUGUUUGCUUCAGGUGAGCAUCGGAUCUUGAAACAGAGACAAACGGUUGAGCUGGUGCCACUCACAAAAGUUAAAUACGAAUGGAAAGGCAAACCUUACUCCUUUUAUGUCUUUGGCAACGAGAAUAAAGUCUACAGCGAAGACUACCCUGCAAAAUGCUGCUGCUCAAUCUUGUGAAAAAGAACAAGUUUUAGUGACAGUCCCCUAUCAAACUAUAAAAGCUGUUCCCUGUUUUUAAUCUCUAUAGCAUCUCUCUGAAUUCUUUUUGGGCAGGGACUAUGCAAAAAAGGAUGUUACUAUUUGCUCCAAAAGAAUGUGUCUCUAAUCCAUUAAUCAGCUGAAAAGUGAAGGAAACUAGUAGUUCUAAUGCACCUUGAAAUAGCAUAUUUGUAGUUCAAAUAUUUACCAUAUUUUUCGGAGUAUAAGACACACCUUUUCCCUCCAAAAAGAGGAUGAAAAUUUGGGUGCA